AUGACUGUGCUCGAUCUGACCUCAGACAGCGAUGUGCGCAAGAGCAUUGAGGCCACGGGCAUGUUCAGCGUGGACGAGCGGCCCGUGACGACCACCCACUACACGCUGGACAGCGGCCCCCAGAGUGGCAUGGACGCCCUCAAGAUCACCAUGACGGACGCGACGGAGGACGGGGCUGGGAGCCCGAGUGACGAGAAGCAGCGGCUGGAGCUUGUGGGUAGGGAGAUCUGCGAAUCGACCUCAUCCAGCGACCUAAUGCGGCUGGGCAUGUGGUACAAGAUUAACGCAAACGUUCGAGGCUUUGGUCGCUUCUACUCGCUCGUGCAGUACAAGGCGCGGAACCAUACGAGCCCGGACCCGAGUGUGCCGCUGGUGCUGACGGCCGACGAGGAGGACCUGGUAUUGGAGUUCCCGAGCGGAAGCGCGGACGACAUUACCGUCAUGUCCCUCUCUGCGCUGGAGGAGUGGCACCACAUUACAUUGACUGUGCAGAACGCCACCAGUGGCAAGGGGACCUACGAGCUGGUCGUGGCGGCGCUGGACAACACGCCGGUGUUCUCCAAGAAGGGUGCCUUCAGAGACGCGUGGCUGGAUGAGUACAAGUACACGCGUUUCCAGCUGGGGCAGUACAGGUACAAAGACAAGCCGUACAGAUCGCCGUCGGUUGUGUGGAUCGCGAACCUCGAGGUGACCAAGAACUCGCCGCUCGUGGGAGCGACGACGACGACGACGACGACGACGACGACGACGAAGCCAAAGUGCUCGGCGACGUCACCAGUGUACCCAGACGACACGACCAAGGGUAAAUCACCUGUUGUCGUUCAGGUGAAGAGAGCCCGGGAGUCCGAUGCGUCCACGUCAAGCGACUCCCAGUCAACAUCGGAUCAGGCUUCUGGGUGUAAGCGCGUGAAGGCCACACACGUUUGCGAUGUUUGCGAUAAAAAGUUCACGCGAUCUCAGCAUCUCAAAGACCAUAUGCGUACACAUACCGGCGAUCAGCCGUUUGCCUGUAAGUUUACUGGCUGUGGUAAAAAGUUCACACAAUCUAGUAGUCUCAAAACCCAUAUGCGUACACACACCGGCGAACAGCCUUACGUGUGUAAGUUUACUGGCUGUGGUAAGAGGUUCUCAUUGUCUCACCAUCUCAAAGCCCAUAUGCGUACACAUACCGGCGAACAACCGUUUGCAUGUAAUUUUAGCGGCUGUGGUAAAAAGUUCUCACAACCUCAGCAUCUCAAAAGCCAUAUGCGUACACACACCGGCGAACAGCCUUACGUGUGUAAGUUUACUGGCUGUAGUAAAAAGUUCUCACGAUCUCACCAUCUCAAAAGCCAUAUGCGGACUCACACCGGCGAUAAGCCGUAUGUCUGCGAUUACACCGGUUGCAAUCGAGCGUUCGCGCAGUUGGGUCAUCUCAACACGCACAAGCAAAUACACUCGCCGUGUGUCCACUGCGACAGCCCCGGGUCCUUGGCUGGCAUCGACGCGUGUGCCGACUGCGCCGGGACCAGGCUCGACCUCUAUGGAUGCACUGUCGCCAAUUGCCACCGGCUCGGGACGUGUGGGUCGGACGGGGCGCGUAUCUGCCAGGCCCACUACAAACACGGCGUGUGCGCCUGCACGUCGCCCUGCUACUCGAGGGCCGCCGGCGCCUGCUUCGACUGCAUCCCGGACGACAGCCCCAAGCUCAAGGAACUCAGUCUCGCCUGCUCCGUGGACAACGCGAAGGUCUGCACUCCCAAUGCGACUGUCUGUAGCGCGUGUAUCACCGAGUAUGGCCUCGGCAACGCGUCACUCGAGUCAUUGGCCAUCAACACCGUCGCGCUGAUCCUCGGCAUGGACACUCGUUCUAUUUUUAUGACCCGCGAGGUUAUCAUCAAGGCCUGUGACCCGUCCAAGAACGCCUGCGGCAAAGUCAACGGUGGUGCCCGGGGCGACUGGGGGCUCCGGGGCCUGAACUGCAUCAACUUCAUUGAGAUUGACGACGCCAAAGGUCACAGCAAUUAUGAUAUCGUUAAGGAAAUUUCUCGCCUCAACCUCCUGGAUGGCAUGAUGGAUGGGGAGUACAACGGGACUGGUCGGCACCUGACGGUGGGGUGCACGCGCUUUAGCGGCGAGUCCGGGUGGGAUCUUGAGCAGCUCCGCGGCUUUGCCCAGGUGGUGCGGGACACGAACCGGGUCCUCGAGGAGAACCCGUCAGACCGGUUGCGCCUUACCCUGUGCAACUUUAGCAAGAACAACAAGUUCCGAGGGGCCUUGGCGUCAACAGGCGAGGAUUACGACCCGAAGAACGAGAAAACUGAGAAGAUUGUCCUGGACGACGACAUCGCCGAGUGGACCUGGGCGUCCGGUGAGCACAAGACGGCCGUUGAGCGCGAGGCUCGCCACACGGAGAUCCUGCACACGAUGAAGAAUUCGAAGCACUGCAUAUGCGCCUCACAGCUUGGGACGGUCAGGGAGCAUAUGUGCACAGCCAAGGUGGCCAAAGAGGGCGAGAUAUUCUGCAACCGCUGCUUGAACAAACCCAAGGCGAAAAGAGUGAUAUUUGAUCGCAAAUGA